GGAACGGGAGUUUUAGUGUAACGCGGCUCGUGGUCCUGGAAAACCCAUGUGCGUCGGGAAAACCGUUUUUCGCACACGAAAACCAAAAACUAAAAACGAGCUCUUUACCUCCACCAAAAAACAAUAUUAUCAUAAAUUUCACCACCCAAACAGUCUUGUCUGAAUUUUCAGUGAUAAACUUUUAUCGUUUUUUGUCUUUUUUAUUCUUUAAAUGUGGGUUUGGCAUCCCAAUUUUUCUUGAUGAUCUUUCCACCGAAUUUUGUUUGUUGAUUUUUUCUUUGUUAUAUUUUAGUUAUGUGUGAUAAUGUGAUUUUUCUUUGUGGUUGUGAAAAUAAGUGAACUCGAAAAUGAUUUUGUUGCACUGUUGCGGUCAAUGGAGACUUAGAUAACAUGAGGAAUUCCAUGCAAAUUUUAACGUACUCGUGACGAUUGGGCGUGGGCAAUCCCACCCGGAGGGGCAGAGAUGCGCGCGGGGGAGGAGUACUCGGAACUGGCGGAGCUGGGCGGCGGCGGCGGCGGUCCACCGUACGUGGGCGGCGGCCGAUACGGCGGCAGAGGUGGCGGCAUCGGCGGCGGGUCCUGGGCCCGUUCCCAGGCCCACACGGCCGCCGAGGCGGAGGACGUACUGGGACCGGACGGCAGCCCCAGGGGGGGACACAGCCGGGGCAGGUCGGGGUUGUAUUACUCGCCGCCCGGGACGUCGUACACGAUCGUGGAAAGGCCCUCUUCGGUUAUGCACCAUCAUUCGCCCAGAGAAUACAGUACGCAUUACAAUUCGCUCUCAAGUCCAAGAGGCACGUAUUUGGGCUCGAACCCGAACUUCGGCUCGUCCCGCACACCGUCGGCGACGAACAACAAGAAACGCCCGAUUUCGCCCGAACAGGUGCUUCGGCUGUUCGGCACGGGCGCAGGCGGCGGCGGACCGAAGGGCGUCGAGCGACCGCGCAGGUCGCCGGCCAGCAGCCCGCCCUCCACGACGCACCAGAGCAACUAUCGGGUGCCGCCGCCACCGCCGCCGAACAUACACGAGCUAGCGACGAGGACCGUCACGAUGGUCAGAGAGCCGCAGGACGGCACCCACGGCUUCGGCAUAUGCGUCAAGGGCGGCAAGGAAGCUGGCGUGUACAUAUCCCGAGUGGAAGACGGUAGUGUGGCUGAAAGAGCAGGACUGCGACCUGGAGAUUCGAUACUUGAAGUAAACGGGACUCCCUUUACCGGCAUUUCUCACGAAGAAGCGCUCAAAAUGCUAAAAUCUUGUCGAAAACUGAGCAUGACCGUUCGAUCACCGACGAUGCCUUCCGGCGGCGGAAUGGGCGGCGGCACGACGUGGCAGAUGCGGCAAACAUGCUCGUGGAUGGACCGACACGGCCGGCCCGUGUCGCCACCAAUGGAGUACUCGAGGACUGGACAGGUACCGCAGCAACGGUACGGCCAUGGCCGAGCGUCCAGCAAGGACAGGAGCAUACGAAGGGUGGAUUUGUGCAUAGAACCUGGUCAAAGUCUGGGGCUUAUGAUCAGAGGUGGAGUAGAAUAUAAUUUAGGUAUUUUUAUUACCGGGGUCGAUAAGGAUUCCGUAGCUGACAGAGCCGGUCUAAUGGUUGGAGAUCAAAUAUUAGAAGUAAACGGACAGUCGUUUAUGGACGUAACACAUGACGAAGCGGUAGCUCAACUAAAGUACCACAAGAGAAUGUCACUGCUUGUACGGGACGUAGGAAAGGUUCCACACUCAUGUACUGCCUAUGAUAGAGACUGGGAUUUAUGUAGUCCAGGGAGUAGGGCCGCUCAAACGACCCGCAAAUGGGCGGCUGCGUUACAAAUGGUGGAGGAGAAGGCGCGCAUUUUGCUGUCGCGACCGGAAUUCACCACUCUUUGCUACUACACUGACGAGUAUGCCGCCAGGCAUAUGACCAUAGAUGCCUUUGUACAGGUCAUCACCGAACUACUCAAUACUCCCGAUAAGUAUACUCUUAUGACCGAAUUAAGGGAAAUAGUAGCAAUCGAUGAUCGAGUUAAAUUCGACGAAUUAGUUUAUAGAAGAGAUAUUGAAUCAAGAAUUAGAGAUCCUAGAGAACACGAUUAUAGGCAUUCGAGGAGAAAAGGAGUCCAAAUUCCAGACGCAAACCAUUCAAUAUAUUCUGGUUACGAGGAGUACGUAAGUGGCGAUGAAGACAAUCCUCCAGGUUCUAGAAGUAGAAGACAUUCAAGUCCGGGUGAAUCGAGAUCCGGAAGCCAAACUGCACUUCAUCAACCUGAUUAUCCAGAUUCCAGCGGGUACCUUGGUGGCCUGCGCUCGAGCUUGGGCGGGUUGACGCAGAAAGUGAAGUCUUGGUACUGGGGCAGACCUCUAGAACUCGCGCAGAAGCUCUCGCGCAGCUUCGACAUGAAGGACGAGUCGUCGAUGGGCGAGAACGACGGCAUUCGUCGGCACCAGUCGAUGAGCCGGAUCGGGCGCGACGGCGUCGGCAUCGAGACGCCCGAAAGCCCGCGCGUGGUGCAGGACGAGGAGGGCAACCUGAGGGAAAAUGGUGCUGCAUAUAGUGCUGGUGGUCUUGAGGUGGGACAGCUGAUUCUUCAAGUAGAUGGAACCCGUGUAGAGGGCCUUCAACAUCAAGACGUUGCCAGACUUAUAGCAGAAUCUUUUGCAAGAAGAGAUCGCGAAGACAUUGAGUUUUUGGUGGUAGAGGCGAAAAAGAGCAACAUGGAGCCGAAACCGACGGCGCUGAUCUUUUUGGAAGCCUAACAUUUGCUGAGCCUCCCCCCUAGUGACCCUCCGGGGUUGACCAAUGUUGCCGACUGAAUUUAAUUCAACAACAAAGAGUUUCGAACACUCCGCAACCGCUACAUAUCAUUUAAAUCGUAAGGACGGGGCACAAGGGCGCGCGUCCACCGGACUCAGAUGCGG